AGACCACGGUCGACGGCCCGGGGAUUAUUUAGGGUUCUGGGUUCUCGAGGCGGCGGCGGCGGCUACCCCUUUCUCUGUCUUCGCAAGGCUUAGGGUUUGGUUGGUCGGAGAAGCUUGUAGUAGAUCCUUCGUUAGGGAGUCGCCAUGAGCCGGUCGGGGCAGCCUCCGGAUCUGAAGAAGUACAUGGACAAGAAGCUCCAAAUCAAGCUGAAUGCAAACCGUGUUGUCAUUGGCACCCUUCGUGGAUUUGAUCAGUUCAUGAAUCUGGUCGUGGACAACACAGUGGAGGUCAACGGAAACGACAAGAACGACAUCGGGAUGGUGGUUAUCAGGGGGAACAGUGUUGUCAUGAUUGAAGCCCUCGAGCCGGUUGCCAAGGCUGCUCAGUGAAUCGUCAGCCUGGUUUAGUAGCUAAUAAGCUGGUAGUGUCAAUUCAAAACUGGUGUAUGCCAUUGGGCACGUUGUAUCCUGAGUUCCUGACACUUAUUCAUGUGCAAGCUUAAGCACCUUUGUAUAGUUUAGCCAGCAUUUCGAUUUGGAGUUGCACAACGCCACAACCUGCCAGAGUGUUAUGCACUUAUGCUGGUGGGAUUCGUGCUAUCUUGGUAGCGAACGUGUUAUGUACCUGUUCUGGCAGGAGUUAUCAGUUAACUUAAAAUCCAAUACGUAGUAGGUAAUAAUGUGGCUGUCAAAUCAUCGGGCAUGUUUGCAUCUCUUAACAAUUUCGUUUCUCAGAAGCAUGAAUGCAUUAUCUCCCUUUGGAUGUU